UGAAAACAGAGUUUCCAUUCAUUCAGAUAACGCCGGUUCUUGAGGACUUUUCCUCUUUGCUGAGGUCGGAAAACGAGUUUCAUGUUGCAGUAGAUACUGAAGCACGUGUUUAAGCCAAUCGCAGUCUACCGUCAUUAUCUCCCCGCAAAAAGCUGUGAUAUGUAAGGAAUUAUUAAACUAAGCUGCUAGCCAGCCACCGGUGCGAACCUGUAUGUGUGUAUGUGUAUGUAUGUAUGUGUGUGUGUGUGUGUGUGUGUGAGUGACUGAGCGUGAGCUUGCCACCUGUGGCUGAAUUUCACCCGUAAGAGCGCGCGAGCUGCUGUUAGAGGAGACGCUGAGGAUGUGGCGCGUGCUGGUGAGCGGGGCUGUGCUCUUUCCCGGUUUGUUUCUAGUCUUCAGGAAAACGCUGCCGGUUGUUUUCAGGCGCUGGAGCGAUGCCGACGUGGUGCUGGUCAGCGAGAGGCUGGUCUCCUCUGUUCACGCUAUCAUGGCCACCACGGCUGGAAUCAUCGUGGUGUCCUCAUGCAGAGAGAACGUGAUAACAAACAGACACUGGCUGGCCACCUCCUUUGUCCUCGGUUAUGGAGUUCCCUACAUGGCAUACGACGUCUUCGCCAUGUACCUGAGCCACUACUACCGUUUCCAGGUCAAAGGCCAUGAGGAUUACAGAGGACACUCACUGAGGACAAUCAGCUUAUUUGUGAGGAAAGAGUUCCUGCUGGUCCUUCAUCACAUCGCACUCCUCACCAUUCUCCUGCCUAUUACACUGUUCUUCAGGAAGGACCAAGGUGAUUUCUUCAUUGGCUGCCUCUUCCUUACAGAAAUCAGCACACCUUUUGUUUCGCUGGGCAAAAUCCUGAUUCAGGUGGGUCUGCACGACUGCUGGCUACACAAAGUGAACGGUUGCAUGGUGCUGCUGAGCUUCUUCCUGUGCCGCAUUGCACUCUUCCCCUACAUGUACUGGGUGUAUGGAGAGCACUACGGCCUCCCAAUCUAUGCUGUGCCCCUGCACAUCCCACUGUAUGCCAACUUGGGCAACGUGUGCAUCCUUGCGCCGCAACUCUACUGGUUCAUCCUGCUCUGCCGAAAAGGCUACCGUCUUUACUUGCGCCAGCGCAGCACAAACCACCAGGACUUGACUUCAUCACCUCACGCCAAGGCAGAAUAGAGUAAGGAGAUCUGGUAAUGGCACAGCGAGAACCAAGCACUCAGAUAUUCCAGUACAGAUUAGCAUCAACUACAACUGCUUGUGCUGUUAGUUAUUCUAUGAAAGGUCUACUAGUACUUCUCUGCACACACAAACACACAAAUAUGGCUGUUACAAUCCUAACAUUCUAAAAUUAAUUUGGAGUACACACCUGGGGUGAACUGGUCCUUUCUGCUGUGAGAGGAUGCGUGUAAUCAUACUGGUGCUCUGCCUCAAGGUAUUACUUUAUGAUGUAUGGCAGGGAGGGGGACAUGAACGAAAAGAUCUAAGGCUGUGUUGUGUCCCUUACUCUUCCAGUUCUGCAGACUGAAAGACUGUUCACAAUUUGGAUUGAAGUUAAUAUUUUUCCCCUUCCCUUAGAUGUUCUCCAAACUCCGACUCAAAUGUAUGAAUGGUGUUUAAACUAUGAAUAACCUCUACUUUAACAUUUAUGGUUUUGUACCUGUUUCAUAGACCCUUAAACAUGACAUUUUUAGGCACCAUCCUCAUUUCCCAUUGCUUGCCUUAACUGCUUCAGCAUUGCUCCUUUAUGGUUAAAGGCUGAUCAUAUUUCUGUGUGUUUCACUAUAAGACUACCUUGUAUGGCUGCUUAUAGUCUUCCUUCGAGAGCCUCAUAAGAUUUUAAAUUGGUGCAUGUGGAACUGGAAAUCUUGAGAAAACUCGAUUCCUCCAGUCCAGAAGGAGGUGGCAGAGUUUCAGGUCUCAUGCUCACAGUAAGUGUUAUAAAGCAUAAAGCAUUGUUAUAUGGUUGCAUAGAUGCUAUAUUGUUUAGGUCACUUAACCACUACAUCUCGGGGCACCAGUUUAAGCAAAAACUAUUUUCUCAAAAUGGGAUCAUUUAUUUAUUUUAACAAAUACUACUUAAAAUACUUCUCAGUAGGUGACUGAAACAAAUCAUGGUCUAAACAUGAUUUUCACCUUCCAGAGACAGUGUAUUUAAGCUCAGGACAGUGUUUAUGUCGAAACCAGCCAUUACAAAACAGAAAGAAUCAUUUAAAUAAGGUAGUAGGUGACCAGUUUCCCAUACUUUUGAUGUUUUUUAAUAUAUGAAUUAGUUUUAGUAGUAAAACUCGAACCUUCUUCCAAGAGCAUUCUGCAUUUCAAAAGAUCAGCUGAAUACACUAUUUUAUUACUGUAAUUUCUAUAUUCCUUAUGUAACUUAAAUUGCAUGUUUUAUUUUUUUUGUUUGUUUGUUUUUUUUUUUUACAUACAAAAGGUACACAUCAUAUUUCUAAUACAAAGUGUGAUUGGUUUGUUUCACAGAUUUGUGUUAAUCCUGCUUUUCUGUCUCUUACCUGAGAAAUAGCUCUGCAUGUCACUGACCAUCGACUCACUGGUCCUUUCUUACUUUUCUUUCUGUGGCUUAGAGUUCAGGCUUCUCAUUUCCAUCCUUUUUUUCUCCUCUGGCUUUAGUUCUUGGACUCUAUACAAACAGUUACACACAAAAAAUUACGCAAUUUUCCACUUACUCUAAAUGUAAUAGGUCAGUGAAGACAUGUUUGAUGACCAGUCUUUGCUUCUUUAGUUAUGCAUUGGAGCUAUGAAAUUAAUAUAAUGUUAUGGAGGCAGCCAUCUUGCACAUCUAGAAACACUACUGGUUAACUACAUUACACUUACAUUAUACUACAUUACACAUCACACAGCUCUGGUGCAAAAUUAAAGAUGUAAACAUGAGACACGCAAUAUGUCUUGGUUGACUGGCUACAAUUCAGGUAAAUGCAAAAUUAAAUAGAUUUUUUUAAAGGCCAUUUAAUAAUUCUCCAUUGGAUACUAUACUGUUUUGGACUAGAUUUAAUCAGUUUGGAGAUUUAGUUAUAUUAGGCAUAUUAACCAAAAACAGUAAUAUUUAUUAAAAUAAGUGAACUGACUGACACAAAUUUAAGGGACUGAGACACUUUUUAUUAUUACUAUUUUAAUUUAUCCCAGUCCUCCUAUAUUUGACCUUUAUAAUAUCAGUUAUAUAUACCAAGUUUAUAUACUGUUAUUAAAACACCACACACAUGUAUUUUGGGAAAUAGUGAUUUGAAGCAAUUGAAUGUGUGCAAUGAAAUCUAUUACUCAUUGCAGAAAUUAAAGGUCAUAACCCAUAUACACAUACAUAGCCAGAACAUUAUUAUUCCUAAUAUAGAUUAUUGUAAGUCUUAAGCUUAGUCUUAUAUGAGGCUUUGUUUCUGCUCAGGGUUCGGUAAAGACAAUGUUAACUGAUAUCUAUAGAGGUUUAAUUUCGAUAUGAAAGCUGAAACUGUGAACACAAUGUUGAAAUGGAAAGAGCAUGGAAUGACACAACUGAGUCUUUUGGUUUGUAUUUGUGCUUCGUUUUUUGCUGGUUUGUCUUCCAACGUGGCUUAUGUUGUAAUCUUUGCAGUUGGAGACCAAAGAUUGCCAGGCACUUUACUCAACAAUAUCUGAUAAAUACGACUUGCCACACUAGAAGUCUUUCAGUAUAUUCAGUGCUUUGUAUACACUGAUAUCUUUGUGCAGUGUUAGAAAUGAAAAGAACUGGUUGAAUUUUGCUUUUGUGUGAGGAAAAUGUAGAAAAUAUUAAUGAGUUAUCUAGGUCAUUUUCUGCUUUGGUCUUAACACAUCUAUACUAGGCUGGACUCUUCCAUCACUUAGGCUGGUACGGGAAUCAGUAUUAAGAUGCUUAGGUUGAGGCAGUUUUCUUUUUGCUGUAAUUUGAUUGGAGGCAUUACACAGGGUAAAGGUAUGAGAAAAGAGUCCAUAUUGUCCAGCGUCAAGAUCCUGUGCCUUUUGUUCAAUUCAUGUGAGGUUCAUGCACAGCUCAGCACAGGUAGUGUUCACUCAUUGCAGCUGUGUCUAUUCCGUUUCAAAUGUUUACUGUGGCCCAUUUCACUCCCAAGACAAAUAUAUUGCCUGUUAUGCUGGAGGCAAAGCGUAAGUGCAAAAGUGAACAUAAUGGUUUUGCCAGUAUGUUUUUUUUUUUUUUUUCUUUUUCAAAUUAAGAAAAUGAAUAUCAUCAAUAUCACCCUUAUGCUAAGUGUCUAUUCUUUUGAUGAGUUUCUUCUAAUUAGAUUUUUUCCCAAAAGUCUUACAAUUGUCUGAACAAUUUCUUUUUUCUCUCUCUUUUUUUUUUUUUUUUGCUGUAUGUAAUAUUAGUGCUUGAUCAGCUCUGCAGCCAAUGGAUUAAUGACUGAACUCAUUAGCAAUAACUGAAGGCAUCCUGCUGUACUUGAACUACACUGUAACAGUUUCCCAUUAGUUGAAGUCUAUCCAACAUUUAUUGCAACUUCUUUAAACGCUAAACACAUUUCUCUGUUCAUUGUUUUCCACAUUCUUCCUUAAACAAGGAUGGAAAGACCUCAUUCAGAGACAACCAUUAUGCUUUGUUUGCAUUUUGUUUCUUAAUGUGAAUUCAUGUCCUUUAGUGUCACUUUAAUUUUCUCAAAAAACACUCCCUGUCUCUUCUUAUUUUCAUGUUGAUUUUACAAAUAUAUUUAUGUAUCAGAUUUGAUAUAUAAUGAGGCUUUGAUUUGUUUGUAGUGUAACCUUUUGAGAAAUGUCUUGUUUGAAAGUAAAUGGCCUAUUGCAUACAACUAA